UCCAAAAGAAAAAGUCAAGUCAAGUGAUCACCUUUUGCAGAUCCACAUUCAAAUCUGCAAGAAGAAUCAUUGUUCGAUUAACAUAACUCCCCCCCACCCAUUGCCUUCCUUUUGCGGAGCCGCCAAACUAAAGGAAGAAGAAGAGAGGUUGUUGUGGAAGACAUACAGAAAUGAGUCUGGGAUGUCUAGUAUGCCAUCAUCGUGUAGAAAGCCCGUCUCAUUCUUUCCGAAGCUACUCGGUUUCGAGCUCUGAAAAUGAUAAUGGUAGAUGUUUGGCUAUCACAAAUUGCUUGGUGAAAAAGAUAACUCUUCAAAACCCUAAUGCUAAUACUACUACUACUGCUAGUACUAUUUUCCCAUCUUCUUCUUCUAAGGUAACUCCACAACCGAGCGUUGUUACAGGCACUCCACGGCUAGUGCGCAGCCGGGCUGUCAGAAGGGACAUUGUCAGAGACUGGAACUUUGGUGAUGAAGUAGUAGUGGUAGUUAGGGAAAGGUAGUAGUAAUAGCAGUAGUAGUAAUAAUGAUAGUAGUAUAUACUUGUUUUGGUUAUGCUUUUUUACUUGAAGUUUAUUUUUUCAUAUGAAAACAUUGUUGACAAAGUUUGAAGAUUUUUAUUUGUUUUAGUUGUAA